UCUCCGCCCCAGCUCUCCGCCAUUUUCCCGCUGCACUGUUCUGCUUCGCACGGGGCCGCGUUGUGUUCAUGGCAGGGGCUGCUCCGACCACAGCGUUCGGGCAGGUGGUGAUCGGCCCACCAGGCUCCGGGAAGACCACAUACUGCCUCGGCAUGAGUGAGUUUCUGCGCGCAGUGGGCCGGCGCGUGGCCGUGGUGAACCUGGACCCGGCCAACGAGGGGCUGCCGUACGAGUGCGCUGUGGAUGUGGGCGAGCUAGUGGGACUGGCCGACGUGAUGGACGCGCUGAGGCUGGGGCCCAACGGCGGGCUGCUUUACUGCAUGGAGUAUCUGGAGGCCAACCUGGACUGGCUGCGUGCCAAGCUUAACCCCCUCCGCGGCCACUACUUCCUUUUCGACUGCCCUGGCCAGGUGGAGCUCUGCACGCACCACGGCGCCCUGCGCAGCAUCUUCUCCCAGAUGGCACAGUGGGAUCUCAGGCUGACUGCUGUUCACCUCGUGGAUUCUCACUACUGCACAGACCCAGCCAAGUUCAUUUCAGUACUGUGUACCUCCCUGGCCACCAUGUUGCAUGUGGAGCUGCCCCACGUCAACCUCCUCUCCAAGAUGGACCUCAUUGAGCACUAUGGGAAGCUGGCCUUCAACCUGGACUAUUACACAGAGGUCCUGGACCUCUCCUACCUGCUUGACCACCUGGCUUCCGACCCAUUCUUCCGCCACUACCGCCGGCUCAACGAGAAACUGGUACAGCUCAUCGAAGACUACAGCUUGGUCUCCUUCAUCCCUCUCAACAUCCAGGACAAGGAGAGCAUCCAGCGAGUACUGCAGGCUGUGGAUAAAGCCAAUGGCUACUGCUUUGGGGUCCAAGAGCAGCGAAGCCUGGAAGCCAUGAUGUCUGCUGCAAUGGGAGCCGACUUCCAUUUCUCUUCCACGCUGGGCAUCCAGGAAAAGUACCUGACACCCUCGGACUCAUCAGUGGAGCAGGAAGCCAUGCAGCUGUAACCACAAGCUGGUGGUGAGGACAGGACUCAGAAGGCACAGCACUGGGCAAAGUGGAGGAUCCCGGUGGGCAGCAGACAGACAGCUCAGCAGGUUGCAGAACCAAGAGCAAGUCCUCCCAGCCAGAACUGGCAGGCUAGCAAGGGGACACGCAGCUCUG